AACUGCAAGAGGGUAGAAGAUAUGGCUGAAUACCAGUGUAGUCUUGAUUAAAAACCCAUGCCUGUGUAGUCAUCUGUUCGACAUUGCUGGUUAUCCUUCACAGCGACUUUAGUAAGUAAUGGCCUAAAGAGCAGCACAAACCAGCCAGAAAAGACACUUUUUGGGGGCGUUUCUCUGACCGAUUGGAUCGAGGUGAUCUCCAACUGUGGGGAGUAUUCAGUGCCACAAAGCCUGUGUGAUGUGUGUACUCUGUGGGGUAGUAACAAUAGGAUGAGCCGCCCCAGACCUAUCACAGUCUGCAGGGACUGACACACAGCUACAAAUACGGCAGUCGAUGCAGUCUUCCAGAGGCUCUGCCUCCCUGUGGCUGAGAAACCAGCAGCAGCAUGUCCCGCGUCUCCUCCACCGCCAAGCGCUACGCUGGCCCCUCCUACACCAGCCACUACAGCUCCUACAGCUCCUCCCUGACACCGGGCCUUAGCUCAUACAGUGAGCGGGACAGGCUGUCCUCCUACAAGUCCCCCACCUCCUCUUCCUCAGGUUACUCCUCCUCCAGCUAUCUGAGCAGCUCUACCGCCCGCAGUCGCAACUACAGCACCUCUUCAGACCCUGAUCGCGACCGGGGGCGAACCAUCCCACGCACCGACAUCCUCGGAAGCAGCAGCAGCAGCCGCCGGAGUGAGAGCCUCAGCAGAACCCCCGUUAAGAGCUAUGGAGGGUCAGGGCUGAGUGGGGGAUCGGCCUACACCAGCUACAGUCCCUACUCUUCGUCCUCGGCCCAGUCCAGCUACCUCUCUUCUUCACCGGUGGCCUCCAGCAUCUCACUCAACCGACGGAAAUCAGUAUCUCAGAGUGACUUGAGCAGGGAUCUGGCUUCUCUGAGCUUCAAUGAUGCCUCCUCUUCCUCCACCCCGUCCUCUUCCACCAGUGCCCUGAGGAGCUAUCGCAGUAGGACCAGCGAUGUGGCCGACUCGUAUGGCACUAGCUCACGCACGGGCUACUCAGGCCUGUCGCGCAGUUCUACUCAGGAGGCCCUCUCGCGGAGCUCCACCCAGGAGGCCUUCAGCAGCAGCAGCAGCAGAGCAUUCAGCUCUUCGACAUGGGAGCCGAGCAGUAACGGACUGUCUGACUCCCCCACCAGGGGCUCCACGAAUUCAAAGAGUGCCCAAGGCCUGGUGGGACUAAAGAACCUGGGAAACACUUGUUUCAUGAACAGUAUCCUGCAGUGUCUCAGCAACACACACAGCCUGCGAGACUACUGCCUGCACAACUCGCACCGCAGAGACCUUAACAACAACAGCCGCACCAACACAGCCCUCAUGGAAGAAUUUGUCAAGCUGAUCCAGACCAUGUGGACGUCAUCCAGCAGUGAGGCAGUCAGCCCGUCUGAAUUCAAAACUCAGAUCCAGAGAUACGCUCCCAGAUUUGUGGGCUACAACCAACAGGACGCUCAGGAGUUCCUGCGUUUCCUCCUGGACGGGCUGCACAACGAGGUCAACAGGGUCACUGUCAGGCCGAGAGGCACCGUGGAGGACUUUGACCACUUGCCGGAUGAAGAGAAAGGGAAGAAGAUGUGGAGUAAAUACCUGGAGAGAGAAGACAGUAAGAUAGUGGACCUGUUUGUCGGUCAGCUGAAGAGCUCUCUGACCUGCAGCCACUGUGGUUUCUGCUCCACGGUCUUCGACCCCUUCUGGGAUCUCUCUCUGCCUAUCGCCAAGAAGGGCCACGGUGAGGUGAGUCUGAUGGACUGCAUGCGGCUCUUCACCAAAGAAGACGUCCUCGAUGGGGACGAGAAGCCGACAUGCUACAGGUGUAAAGCCCGGAGGAGAUGCACGAAGAAGUUCACAAUACAGAAGUUCCCCAAGAUCUUAGUGCUGCACCUGAAACGCUUCUCUGAAGCACGAAGAACCAGCAAACUGUCCACCUUUGUUAACUUCCCCAUGAAGGAUCUUGACCUGCGGGAGUUUGCCUCUGAAAACAGCAUAAAUGCAGUGUACAACCUGUAUGCAGUGUCCAACCACUCAGGCACCACUAUGGGCGGUCAUUACACAGCUUACUGUCGCAAUCCCAACUCGGGAGAAUGGUACACCUUUAAUGACUCCAGAGUAACGCCAAUGUCCUCCAGCCAAGUGCGCAGCAGUGACGCCUACGUGUUGUUCUACGAGCUGGCUUCUUCCUCACGGAUGUGAAGCCUCCUGGAGGACGACGGCCUGCAGCACCACUCUGACUGAUGGACGGACGGAUGGAUGGAUGGGUGGAAAGCAAGAGUGUUGGUGGAGCCGGGCCUGUUUUGGACUUGUAUUUGGACAUAUAUCUUACACACACACACACACACACACGAAGGCACACACCUCUACCAGUCUGGAGGCUGCUUCUCUGCACAGAGAGAGCUGGAGAGGGAAAGACUCUGGAAACCACAGGAACCUGAUCAACCAGCCCUGCUUUCUUUCUCUCUCUGUCUUUACUCUUGUGUCCUGCUCAUUCUGGGUGGAGGUGUGUGUUUACUGUGUCUGUGUGUGCGUGUGUGUGCGUGUUGGUGCGUGUAAGUGUGCGAGGUUGACGCAGGGCAAUAAUCCCAUCUGACCGACCAGCCGGUGAAUCCGUGUCCAUCUCAGAAGUCCCUCUCUAUGCACUGCAAACCGAACUCUCCUGACUGCGCCUUCGCUUCUUUUUCUUCAAGUCUUGAUCUUCUCGUUUGCCUCAAACCAUUAAAACUGACUUCUUUCAUUUUUUUUUUGACUGUUUUCUGCUUUGAUUUUAUGUCGUUUUUAUGUUUUUUGUUUUUUUUUGGGGGGGUUGUUACUGCCCCAGCACCAUGAGAAUCAUUAUCAUCCCCACCACUUUGGACUGUGAAUAAACCGUGCUUCGAGUGUAACAGAACCGGUCAUGGUUACGAAGAGCUCACAGCCCACCGGCCUGCUUGGUUUUCAUGGCUCUCCCUUCCACUGCACCACCACACUCCCAUGUCUCUGUUAGCAUCUCCUUCACUCUCUUUCUUUCUCUUAAAGUGGUUGGGAGGCCAGUGGCACUGUGAGCGGUACAUGUUUCGGAGGACAGCCCUCUAACUUGUGUUUUAUUUAAUUUGUUUCUCCCACGUGUGGCUGCUACUGAUGUUUUAAAAGUGCUGUGAACGGAUGAGCGGACAGUCCAGUGCGGACCUGCUAAGGGUUAUUGAAAUAGACGAUAAUAACGGUAACAAUCCUCAUUGUCAGUAUGAGGUCUUUUCUUCCUCUCUUGUUUCAUGCCAUUGAACAACACGGAAAGAAUGUUUUAAAGAAGAAAAAAAAAAACACUAUAUCUGUAUAUUUUUAUAUUCUGAUGCAAUAUAGAGAAUGUA